UACACUAUAUAAAUAAAGUACUUGCUUAUAAUUAUAUGGUUCUAAUCUGUGUAAUAAGACUCCGUAUAGUGCAAUAAUAAUCAAACAAACUUUGUUUUAUAUACAGCAUGUCCGAUAUUAAUAAGAAAUCAUCAAUGAGCAAUCUGCAACCCCCAACAACAACAACCGUCGGUCAAAUGCUAGCUCCAGCAAACACUGCACCACAAAAACUUAAUGCAGGUUCCGCUACUGGCAAUCCACGUAACAAAUGCGCGCUCAAGCCUGGUCACUCUCUAAUGGAUUGGAUACGACUUGGUAACUCAGGUAUAGACUUAGCAGGCACAGGUGGGCGUGUGACGCCUGUAAAUAGCGACGAGUUGGCACGACAUAAUACUCGCGAGGAUGCUUGGAUGGCGAUACGUGGCAAGGUGUACAAUGUGACGCGUUACAUGGAUUUUCACCCUGGAGGUGUUGACGAGUUAAUGCGUGGUAUUGGACGAGAUGCCACAAAACUCUUUGAUGAGGUACAUGCCUGGGUAAACUAUCAACAAUUGUUGGUGAAAUGCUUUGUUGGUCCAUUGCGUACGUUGUCCAAAAUGAGUUCCAUACCAGAAGGGAGAACACCAGUUCCCACAGCUAACUUUGAAAUACCGUCCAGUAACAAACCAGUAAACACAAACACCGAAAUUGUACCACGUUUUGACUGGAUACAGAAACGACAAGACCUCACAAUCUACAUUUAUACUCGCCAACUUUGCAAUCCUGGUCUGCUGUUGCGCCAAAAAUGUGCUAAGCUCCUACAAUUGCAGGUGCAAAUAAACAGUGCUCAACAUAUAUUUGAAUUCCAGCUGCAUGACGAAGUAGAUUGGCCACCGAAGUCGGUGCGUGUUGGUAGUGAGACAGGUAAAAUCGAAGUAUCGGUCACUAAAAUAGAGCCUGCUUUAUGGCCAACGUAUGGAUCAUACACUGUAUCGAAAGGUGUAGUGGGUGAAACGGAGGAUUUGGAGUAUGAAUAUGAAGUUGUAAAAUGUACGGAUUUUAAUCAUGAUUCAUUCGUGUUAUCCUUGCGUGGCAUACAAGACACAUUGAUGGUGCUACCCAUUGGCUAUCACAUGACUGUGGCGGCGCUAAUAAAUGGCGAAUUGACCCGUCGCAGUUACACACCUGUUCCAGGCAAAGUUCUGCCACAACCUCGCACUGACAAUGAAAUCAAUAGUACAAAUUUAAAUUUCCUUAUUAAAAGCUACGCUGAGGGCAUACUAUCGACACAUUUGCGUCAGAAGCAAAUCGGUCAGAUGUUAUUACUAUCAACACCACAUGGCAAUUUUCAUCUACAACGUUUACUGCCUCAUCGUCAAAUAGCUCUUAUCGCUGCUGGCAGUGGUCUGACGCCUAUGCUAAGUUUAAUAGAGCAUUUGCUUAAACGAAAUGCAAACCGAAUCGACUAUUUACGUUUAAUGUACUUCAAUAAAACACCCGCAGACAUAUGGUGUCACAGUGAGCUGGAACAGCUGCAAAAAACUGAUGAGAGAUUCCAAUUGGUGAAUGUGCUUUCCGCAGCCGACGCAGAAUGGACGGGUUUACGUGGACGGAUAUGCAACGAGCUACUCGCCCCGCUAGUAACGAAAAACACACCAGAAUAUGCAAGUUUUGUGGCUGUAUGUGGACCUAGCGCAUUUAGCCAAGGAGCUCAGGAUAUAUUGCAGGAGUUGAAAUUUAAUUUGGAAAAUUUACAUAUUUUUCAAGGUUGAAUAAAGUCGCUGUUUUUAUAUAACACAUUAAGUUGAAAAGUGGACAGUAUAUAAUUGUAGUACAUUAUUAUUGUUGUUAUUUUAGUUUUGUCAAUUUUUUCUAUCUAUUUACUACUUAGAAAAUGUAUUGUAAUUUCGAAUUAGAUUUUGUAAAAAUAUAUAUGACUAAACAUCUAGAUCAAAUUUAAUCUUGCCGUUCCAACGACCGCCGGGUCGACGUUACCGGAAUGACUCCGGAUUUUCAUGCCGUCAAAAACUGUCAACUCGGAAAUAUUCUUCAAGGAAUACAUUCUGACGCUUCAACAAUAUCAAACUAGAAAUGAUCUUACUGAUAUUAAAAAAAUAAAUAAUAGUUUCCAAUUUAAAAAUAUUCAUUAUCGACUCUUUAUUAUUUAAUUAACUUUCAUUCACAAUUUUUUCCUUCCUCUUUUGUUUAUCGUUAAAUAUUUU